AUGGGCGAAAUGAAGGAUUCGGCAAAACAGGAAGACAACGGUAAUAUUAACAGUAAUCGUGGAAUAGAAGAUGAUAAUCUUAUGAGAGAUUUUGCAAAUUCACGACGUACGGGAAGACGUAAUGCAGUACCAGAAGUAGAUACUCGGGGGAUUGAUCCAGAUGCAGUGAAACUUGCUAAACGUUUGUCUACAAUGAAUACAGAUAGUAGAAAUGGUAUGUCAUUCUCAUCACUUAUAUCAUAA